AUAAAAUUUGGAAUUACUCGAUGUAAAAAGAAAAACAAUUUAAAACGCAAAUCUUUUCUGCCAUGAAUUGAUUCGACUCUUGAGAAGAAAAAAGUUUUCUUUUACUUUUACGACUUGUGACGUUAUAGGAAUUGCCAAUAAAUAGAUUGCAGAAGCUACAGUAUUUAUUCGUCAUACCUAAGGAAAAUCCUACUUAAAUUUGAGCUUAAAUGGAACAAUCAUGAGCAUUCGUUGCUAUCAACAGCACCAUUAUCAGUCAUUGAAUUUAUAUUCGCGUUUAACCACAAGUUGUGAUUCAAGCUGGCGCCUAUCUCUCCAAUAUCAAACAUUUCUACAGCACCACCGUCAGAAGAGACGAUGGUGUCGUCACAAGGAACUGAAGUAUAUCAGGAAGAGUUUGAGGAGUCCACGACCGAUGCAUUACCUGAAGUCCCAUCGCUGCUAUCGACUCUUCCCGUAGCGUUAGUCGUAGAACAAACUGCGAGAAUAUUGGAAGAUAUUAAAAAGAAAAUUCAACUACAAAAAGAGGAAGAAGAACGUCAAAAAUUGGAACAACAAAAUCGAAGUCAAUCGCCAACCUUCUUCACUCUUUCAAGAUCCGUUCGCGCUCCGUCAUCAGACGAUGGAAUUUUUAGCACAAGCACAACAAAAAGUUUUAUCAUUUUAAACCAUCGUUACAGUGACAGUGCAGCACCACCAAAGAAUUUAUCGCCUUUAAAUAAUACUUCAAUCCCACGAAGCCUUUCUCCUGAUUCUGGCACUGAUUAUGAACCUUUCUCGGCAUCGUCCUCCAUUUCACCGCCUUUUUUAUCAACCACUAAAAACAACAAUCUCGGAUCAAAUUCCGAUGUCAUGAAAUUGUCGCAUAACUCAGACGAUGAGAUAUUCAAACCAAUUUCAAGUUUCUCCAGUUUUAUGCCAUCAACAGCACCACCUAAACUCAAUACCAUAUCGCCCACAACAAGUUUGAGUUCAAUUCACAGUUCGGUUCGACGUUUAAGUGGAAUUACAAUGUCACAUCCAACAACAACCUCGCUAGCAAAAUCUACACCAUCAAUUUCUACAGAUUUGAUAAAGGAAGCCCACUUCAAACCAAUACCAACGUCAACGAGUGAUCCGCCACGUCCUUUAUCUUUUCAAGUGCUUCAAACGAAUUUUAAUUUUGAUACAAAUUCCAUCGACACAUAUCAUGAGGCAGCUUUCACAUCACUUGAUCCAAUCAGUGGUGGUCGACAUAAAUCAUUGGCAAAUUUACCACUUAUGACUCCAACAACAACAGCAACAAUAGCUCCUUUAACAUCAUGGAUACCGUCACUUCCUACUUCAACUACAAUUACAACGUCCAAGUUGACAGGUUUAUUGAAUAGCAGCAGUCGUUUAACUUUUGGUGAUCCAAACGCAAUCAAGCCAAUUGUCAGUGCACUAGAAUAUCCAACGUUCAAAUUACCAACUUACUCUUUUUCCACGGAAUUGAAAACAGCGCCAGAAUUUCCAACAAGAACACUUGACAAUCAUGCAAAGUCUUUCGAUGAAACUUUAACAAGAUCAACGACGUUGGAAAAAUAUAAUGAAUUUGUAGAGAAACAAAAGCUUCAAAUUGAAUUGAAUCAACAGCAGCGACAAGAAUAUCCUUUGUCAUUAUCUUUAUCACCACCGAUGAAUAGAAGAAGCAUGAAUAUGCCAGCGCUUAAAGGAUGCAGCUCAAGUUUGUGA